CAGGUGAUCUGUGACCCGUAGAAAUUUAAUUCAAAAAUAUUAUAUCUUUGAUUUAAUUCUAAAGUUUUCAAUAUUCAUCUGGUAUAAUCUUAAUUAACUAACUAAAGAGAUGGUUGUAGCUAUCGGCUUCGAAGGUAGUGCUAACAAACUCGGUAUUGGAAUUCUGAGAGAUGAUGAGAUACUUGUUAAUUUACGAAAAACUUAUAUAUCUCCCCCAGGUGAGGGAUUUUUACCUAAAGAAACGGCACUUCAUCAUAGACAAAAUAUUCUAAGUUUACUUGACGAAGUAUUAAAAAAAUCUCGAAUAAAGACAGAAGAAAUAGAUGUAGUUUGUUACACUAAAGGACCGGGAAUGGGAGCCCCACUCGCCUGUGUUGCUGUUGUAGCACGUACCGUAGCACAACUUUGGAACAAGCCCUUACUUGGGGUUAAUCAUUGCAUAGGUCAUAUCGAGAUGGGCCGUUUCAUUACUGGAGCUGGCAAUCCAAUUGUGUUAUAUGUCAGUGGAGGAAACACUCAAGUAAUAGCCUAUUCAAGAAAGAGGUAUAGAAUAUUUGGAGAAACCAUAGAUAUAGCUGUUGGUAAUUGCUUAGAUAGAUUUGCUAGAGUAUUAAAGUUAUCUAAUGAUCCUAGUCCCGGAUAUAAUAUAGAAUGUUUAGCUAAAAAAGGAUCAAAAUUUCUUCCUUUACCAUAUUGUGUUAAAGGUAUGGAUGUGAGUUUUUCUGGGAUUUUGACAUAUAUAGAGGAAAGGUCAGACAAAUUACUAAAAGAAGGAUACACUCCCGAAGAUUUGUGCUAUUCUUUACAGGAAAAUGUAUUUGCCAUGCUCGUGGAAACAACAGAGAGGGCAUUGGCACAUGUAGGAUCAAAUGAAGUUCUCAUAGUAGGAGGUGUUGGUUGUAAUUUGAGGUUACAAGAAAUGAUGAAAAUUAUGUGUGAAGAGAGAGGUGCUAAACUAUAUGCUACAGAUGAGAGAUUCUGUAUUGAUAAUGGAUUAAUGAUUGCUAAAGCAGGUUUAGAAAUGUUCAAAUCUGGGUGGAAAAUGAAGUGGAGUGAAUGUGGCAUAACCCAAAGAUAUAGGACUGAUGAAGUGGAAGUGACUUGGAGAAAUGAUUAAUACAUUAAUAAAUUUUGA